AUGCAACCAGGAGGCAUUUGGCUGCAUCUCACACUGCUUUGGGCCUCAUUCCCAGUUGUGCUGGGAUGGAUGGACCCAGGAGUCAGCAGAGACCGAAAUGUGGGUGUGGAGGAGUCACAGGCUGAGGUUUCCAGAAGCUUUGAAGUCACUAGAAGAGAAGGGCUCGGUGGCGGGCUGCCCGCCUCCUGUGCAAAGCUGUUCUGCAGCCGAGGGAGCCGGUGUGUGCUCAACGGAGACACAGGGGAGCCGGAGUGCCGGUGCCUGGAGGGCUGCAGGCCCAGCUACAUGCCUGUGUGCGGCUCUAAUGGACAGUUUUAUGAAAACCACUGUGAGCUCCACCGGGCCGCCUGUCUGUUGAAGAAGAAAAUCGUCAUUGUCCACAGCAAAGACUGCUUUCUUAAAGGUGACACAUGCACCAUGGCCGAGUACGCCCGCCUGAAGAACGUCCUCCUGGCGCUCCAGUCCCACCUGCGACCACUCCCAGAAGGGGACAGCAGGCAGGACAUGGCCUCUGAGAAGCGCCUCCUUGUGGAAUCCCUGUUUAAGGACUUGGAUGCAGAUGGCAAUGGCCACCUCAGCCGCUCUGAACUGGUUCAGCACUCAAUGAAGGAGCAGGACCUGGAUGAGGACUUCCCGGGGUGCUCGCUGAGCGAUCUCCUCCGCUUUGACGACUACAACAGUGACAGCUCAUUGACCCUCCGCGAGUUCUACACGGCCUUCCAAGUGGUUCAGCUCCGCCUCGCCCCUGAGGAGAGGGUCAUGGUGACCACAGUGACAGUGGGACUAAGCACAGUGCUGACCUGCGCUGUCCGCGGAGACCUGCGCCCGCCAAUCGUCUGGAAGCGCAACGGGCUCACCCUGAACUUCCUGGACUUAGAAGACAUCAAUGACUUCGGCGAGGAUGACUCCCUGUACAUCACCAAGGUGACCACCAUCCACAUGGGCAAUUACACCUGCCACGCCUCUGGCCACGAGGAGUUAUUCCAGACCCACGUCCUGCAGGUGAAUGUUCCACCUGUCAUCCGAGUCUACCCAGAGACCCAAGCACAGGAGCCCGGGGUGGCGGCCAGCCUGAGAUGCCAUGCAGAAGGCAUUCCCAUGCCCAGAAUCACUUGGCUGAAAAAUGGAAUGAAUGUCUCAACUCAGAUGUCUAAACAGCUCUCUCUCCUAGCCAAUGGGAGUGAACUCCACAUCGGCAGUGUUCGCUAUGAGGACACCGGCGCAUACACCUGUAUUGCCAAAAAUGAAGUGGGUGUGGAUGAAGACAUCUCUUCCCUCUUCAUUGAAGACUCUGCUCGAAAGACCCUUGCAAACAUUCUGUGGCGAGAGGAAGGCCUCAGUGUCGGAAACAUGUUCUACGUCUUCUCUGACGACGGCAUUAUUGUCAUCCAUCCUGUGGACUGUGAGAUCCAGAGACACCUCAAGCCCAGUGAGAAGAUUUUCAUGAGCUAUGAAGAAAUCUGUCCUGAAGCAGAAGGUGCCGCCCAGCCAUGCCAAUGGGCAUCUGCCGUCAAUGUCAGGAACCGGUACAUCUACGUGGCCCAGCCAGCACGGAACAGAGUCCUUGUGGUCGAUGUCCAAGCGCAGAAAGUCUUACAGUCCAUAGGUGUGGACCCUCUGCCAGCUAAGCUGUCCUAUGACAAGUCACAUGACCAAGUGUGGGUCCUGAGCUGGGGGGAUGAGCACAAGUCCCAGCCGAGUCUCCAGGUGAUCACAGAAGCCAGCGCCGGCCAAGGCCAGCACCUCAUCCGGACCCCCUUUGCCGGAGUGGAAGACUUCUUCAUUCCCCCAACAAAUCUCAUCAUCAACCAUGUCAGGUUCGGCUUCAUCUUCAACAAGUCUGACCCUGCUGUUCACAAAGUGGACCUGGAAACACUGAUGCUCCUCAAGACCAUCAGCCUGCAGGGCGCGGGCUGCGUGCCCCAGGCCAUGGCGCACACACACCUGGGCGGCUACUUCUUCAUCCAGUGCCGGCAGACAGGCGCCGCCCCCGCCGCCCCGCAGCUGCUGUUGGACGGUGUCACGGACUCCGUGAUUGGCCCCAACGGGGACGUUACAGGCACCCCACACAUGUCCCCGGACGGGCGCUUCCUCAUCAGUGCCGCUGCUGACAGCCCCCGGCUGCACGUGCAGGAAAUCACCACCUGGGGGGCGAUCCAGACCCUCUACAACCUGAGGGUCCCCCAGGGGAUCUCGGCCUUGGCGUUCCAGCGCUCCUUCAGCGAGGACAGCCGCUACCACGUCUACGCCGCCCUGGAGGGGGAGCCCGGGCUGCUGUUCCUGGAGCUGUCCACCGGGAAGUGGGGUGUGCUCAAAAACUUGAAGGAGCCGCCCGCCCAGCCGGCCUGGGGCUGGGCCGGACCCCGCAGGGUCGUGAGGGACAGCGGGCUCUUCGGACAGUACCUGCUGACGCCAGCCCAGGAGUCACUUUUUCUCAUCAAUGGGCGGCAAAAUGCACUGCGAUGUGAGGUGGCAGGCGUCAAAAGGGGGACCACGGUGGUGUGGGUGGGUGAAGUAUGA